AGAUUAUAUGGAGCUGUGGGAGCCGCCGCUUGGGGGAAGAGGGGUGCAGGUUCCGCUGGGUUUUUGCUCUUCUCCUGGGCUCUCCUUGAGUUCUUCCUCCCAGGCUGCGGGGAGAGGAAAGAGGUGAGGGUGGGUGGGUGGCCAGCAGCAUGUCUGAGGACAGCACCUCCUGGGCUUGUUUUGCAGCAUUGCCCAUCCUCAGCCGAAGACCACAGUGGCAACCACAGCUCUGGCAGGGUGCUUCAGCCCCGGGCAGGGUUAGUAGAAGCCAUCCUUGCCUCUGAGCCUCUUGGCUUCUCUCUGGCAAAGGGGAACACAGCCUCUGUGGUUCUUCUGGCUUGUGUGUCCGUGUCCCGCGGGCUCUCGCUCUCUCUCUCCUCUUUCUCUUCCUGUGUUCAAGUCACAGUAUAUGGGAUUCUGUUCUUUGGGGACUUCGUCAUCUUUUCAAAUAUGUCCUGGGACCUCUGGACCUAUAACGGGGAUGCUAAGGACGCGGUCAGUGGAUUCUCAUGACUGUACUAAUGAAAGGAUUCAAGCUAUCUUGCACUGCCAGUAACUCGAACCGCAGCACGCCGGCCUGUUCUCCCAUCCUCCGGAAGCGGUCCCGCUCGCCAACCCCGCAGAACGUGGACGGAGACACCAUGGUGGAGAAGGGCUCGGACCACUCCUCGGACAAGUCCCCGUCCACGCCGGAGCAGGGCGUGCAGCGGAGCUGCUCCUCACAGUCCGGCAGAAGCGGUGGCAAGAAUUCCAAGUCUCACAAGCGCCUCUCAAAAAAAAGCCAGAGUUGGUAUAAUGUAUUGAGUCCCACCUACAAGCAGAGAAAUGAAGACUUUAGAAAGCUCUUUAAGCAACUUCCAGACACGGAGCGCCUCAUUGUUGAUUACUCAUGUGCACUCCAAAGAGACAUUCUUCUUCAGGGCCGACUCUACCUCUCUGAAAAUUGGAUCUGCUUCUACAGCAACAUCUUUCGCUGGGAAACUCUGCUGACAGUGCGUUUGAAAGACAUCUGCUCCAUGACUAAAGAGAAAACAGCUCGCCUCAUUCCCAAUGCCAUCCAAGUUUGCACUGACUCAGAAAAGCACUUUUUCACUUCAUUUGGAGCUCGAGAUAGGACAUAUAUGAUGAUGUUCCGGCUCUGGCAGAAUGCUCUUCUGGAAAAGCCUCUCUGCCCCAAGGAGCUCUGGCACUUUGUCCACCAGUGCUACGGGAAUGAGUUGGGCCUGACUAGUGAUGACGAGGACUAUGUGCCGCCUGAUGAUGACUUCAACACAAUGGGCUAUUGUGAGGAGAUCCCUGUAGAAGAGAAUGAAGUAAAUGACAGCUCAUCCAAAAGCAGCAUCGAAACCAAGCCGGACGCCAGCCCACAGCUGCCCAAGAAGUCCAUCACCAACAGCACCCUGACCUCCACCGGGAGCAGUGAAGCUCCGGUCUCGUUUGAUGGCCUUCCCCUGGAGGAGGAGGUGCUGGAGGAAGAAGGGUCCCUGGAGAAGGAGCUGGCCAUUGACAACAUCAUGGGGGAGAAGAUUGAGAUCCUCGCGCCCGUGACCUCCCCUUCGUUGGACUUCAAUGACAAUGAGGACAUCCCCACCGAGCUCAGUGACUCUUCCGACACCCAUGAUGAGGGCGAGGUCCAGGCCUUUUACGAGGACCUGAGCGGCCGGCAGUAUGUGAAUGAAGUCUUCAACUUCAGCGUGGACAAGCUCUAUGACCUCCUCUUCACUGACUCGCCCUUCCAAAGGGACUUCAUGGAGCAGCGACGUUUCUCUGGUAUUAUCUUCCACCCAUGGAAAAAGGAGGAGAAUGGAAAUCAGAGCCGAGUAAUUCUUUAUACCAUCACCCUUACCAACCCGCUCGCUCCCAAAACUGCCACUGUCCGGGAGACACAGACGAUGUAUAAGGCGAGCCAGGAGAGCGAGUGCUAUGUGAUUGACGCGGAAGUGCUCACCCACGACGUGCCCUACCAUGACUACUUCUACACCAUUAACCGCUACACUCUGACACGCGUGGCUCGGAACAAGAGUCGGCUCAGGGUCUCCACAGAGCUACGCUACCGAAAACAGCCCUGGGGGCUAGUGAAGACGUUCAUCGAGAAGAACUUCUGGAGUGGGCUAGAGGACUACUUCCGCCAUUUAGAGAGUGAGCUGACCAAAACAGAAAGCGCCUACCUGGCCGAGAUGCACAGACAGUCCCCCAAGGAGAAGGCCAGCAAGCCCCCAACUGUGCGGAGGAGGAAGCGUCCCCAUGCCCACCUGCGGGUACCUCACCUGGAAGAGGUGAUGAGCCCUGUUACCACCCCCACUGAUGAAGAAGUGGGCCACAGGAUCAAACAUGUGGCAGGUUCCACGCAGACACGGCACAUCCCUGAGGACACUCCAAGCGGUUUUCACCUGCAGAGUGUGUCCAAGCUGCUGCUGGUUAUCAGCUGUGUGAUCUGUUGCAGUUUGGUGCUGCUGGUCGUCCUUAACAUGAUGCUCUUCUACAAGCUCUGGAUGUUGGAAUACACCACCCAGACCCUCACUGCCUGGCAGGGUCUGAGGCUCCAAGAAAGGUUACCUCAGUCCCAGACAGAAUGGGCCCAGCUCUUAGAGUCCCAACAAAAGUACCACGAUACUGAGCUCCAGAAGUGGAGGGAAAUCAUCAAGUCCUCAGUGAUGCUGCUUGACCAGAUGAAAGACUCACUCAUCAAUCUUCAGAAUGGCAUCAGGUCCCGGGACUACACGUCAGAAAGUGAAGAGAAGAGGAACCGCUAUCACUGACAAGGCAGGAACAGGGGUGGAUGCAAGAGGCCUGUGCAAUACAUGUACAUAGACCAUAUAAAUAUAUAUAUAUAUAAAUAUAUAUAUAUAGAAUAUAAAUAUAUAUAUAUUAUAUACAGAUUUUAAAAAGAGAUAAUGCCUAUGUACCAGGGAGAAUGAGCAGGACCGCCUCCUGGACUGGCCGGAGAAAAUGCUUUCCUUUGCUGGAGGAGCUGAGGAGGUCAGGGACCAGCUCUUAGCAUUGACCUUCCCUGGACCUCCUCCUUCCCUCCCAAGCCCUCUCCCUUUCCCUUGCCAGCCACUCUUGGCUCUUAGAAGGGAAACGUCAUUGAGCCAAAGUUAUGUCUGUGAAGAGCCUGGGGUCUUGAAAAGAAAUCUCAAGGGGGCAUUUGCUAAGGUGCUUCAUUCUCUAAUCCUCUUUUGAUUUGUCUCCAAAAUCAAAGCUCAUUUUCUCCCCCUGCCCCAAGCUUCCCCCAGGCAUUCUCUCCUGAACAAGGAAGCAUCAAGGGCAGACGCCCAGUGUGAACCCUCCCACAAGUGGCCACCCGCGCUUUGUGGGCCACGCACUAGGAGUUGAGUGGAGAGAAUUGUCUGGGAAACUAGGCAAGCUGCUCUGUGGGCCUGGACUUGAGUCCGCAGGCUCCUCGGGACCUGUGUUUUGAAGGGUGUUCUCUUUGGCUAUCCCUUGCAUCUUUCUCUAUCUUGUAGGGUUUGGACCCAAUAAGGGCUGGGAGUGUCUUACUUCCCACCCCCGUUCUCUCUGGUCUUUGCCCAGGCUGGUUCUGGGUGAAGUGUCACUUUUUAGUGCCUAAAGUCCUAUUGUUUCUCUGUGCCCUAAGAGCACACUGUUUCUUAGCCAGGGCGGAGCUCUUUUGAUCUUGUUAAACCUCUUUUAGUGGUUAUAAGCAAGUCAGGCAGCUCUAAUUCCUUCACGUUGAGCACUCACUUUGAUUGCCAGGAUGAGUCAGGGAGUCUCUUUAGGAUUUGAGAGAGUGAAUGUCCUGGCAAAGCAUGUGGGCUGAAGGGCCUCACACAGCGCCCUGUGUGAACUUCCUGACAGUGAGCACCAGUAUCCCCAAGCCACGCAGUUGGUUGCCAGCAUUGUUUACUCUCAGUUAAGAUCAACUUUAGUCA